AUGGGCUGGCCUUUUUUUGGUGAGACUAAUGAGUUUCUUAAGCAAGGCCCAGAGUUUAUGAAAACCCAAAGAUCAAGGUUUGGACAUGUUUUCAAGUCACACAUAUUGGGAAGUCCCACAAUUAUCUCAAUGGAGGCAGAGCUAAACAGAUACAUUUUGCUAAAUGAAUCAAAGGGAUUAGUCCCAGGUUAUCCAAAAUCCAUGCUUGAAAUUUUAGGCAAAAGGAAUAUAGCUGCUGUUACCGGCUCGAAUCACCGGCACAUUCGAAACAACAUGUUGUCCUUAAUCGGGACACAUUCGAUCAGAGACCGUCUUUUUUCGAUGAUCGAUAAGUACACCAGAGUUCACUUGUCCAAAUGGGUUGGUUUGAAUGUUGAUGUUCAAGAGAAAACAAUGGAUAUGGUUUUCUUUGUGGCCUUAAAGCAGAUAGCAGAAGCUGAAUCAGAGGAAUUGUACAAGAGGUUUAAGAUUGAGUUUGAUAAAUUGCUCAUAGGGUCACUUUCUUUGCCUAUUUACGUACCCGGCACGAAUUACUAUCGAGGAUUUAAGGGCAGGGAAAAUAUAGUCAAGAUUUUGAUAGAAUUGAUCGAAAAAAGAAGGGUCUCCCGAGCAAAUAAUCACGAUGACUUGCUAGGACUUUUGUUACGUGAAAUGGACUUGAAAAACGCGUUAAACGAAGCAGAAAUUAUCGAUCAGAUAAUCACGAUAUUGUACUCGGGUAGCGAAACUGUAUCCACAACUUUGAUGAUGGUUGUCAAGUAUUUGCAUGAUCAUCAAGAAGCUCUACAAGAACUAAGGGACGAACAUUUUUCGAUCCGAAAAGGGAAAAAUUACGAGCACCCACUCGAUUGGGACGAUUACAAAUCGAUGAGGUUUACGCGUGCUGUGGUUUUUGAGACAAUGAGGUUGGCUACUGUGGUCAAUGGGGUACUGAGGAAGACAACAACAGAUAUGAAAUUGAAUGGAUUUGUUGUUCCAAAAGGCUGGAGAAUAUAUGUCUACACAAGAGAGAUCAAUUAUGACCCAAUUAUGUAUGAAGAGCCACUUAAAUUCAAUCCAUGGAGAUGGCUGGAUAAGAACUUGGAAUCACAUAAUUAUUGCUUUCUGUUUGGAGGAGGAACCAGGCUUUGCCCUGGGAAAGAACUUGGAAUUGUCACAAUUUCAGUUUUUCUUCACUAUUUUGUAACUACAUGCAGAUGGGAAGAAGUUGGAGGAGAUGUCAUUUUGCAAUUUCCUAGAGUGGAGGCACCAAAUGGUUAUCACAUAAAUGUGAGGAAAAUGUGA